AUGGCCUGCAGCGGCACUUCACCGAGCUGUGGGAAAGUUCUCAAGAGUGCCGAUACCUUACAGAAUCACGUAAAUGUAAAACACCGAGAUUUCCAUCUCCAUAUCUGUUGCGUUUGCACUCGACCCUUUCUGAAUAUGCAAGGCUUGAAAGUUAACAUCAGGCGUAGUCACGAGGGAGUUAAACCCUACCAAUGUGACCAUUGUAAUUCCACCUUCGAUCGCAACUACGACCUGCGAAGACGUGUCAAAAAUGUGCACGAAAUUCCUAUAAGGGUGAAUCAGGAGUCACCGGGACUUAGACCGCUAACGAUUCCAAAACCCUAUGAAGGCACCACUUGUGGGACAGCCUUUAUCUGGCAUUGCGAACUGGAGACCCACAUGAAAGAGGCCCACUGUGUUAACUCGAAAAAUGCGAGAAGAGAGGGCGUUUUCCUGCGCUUCUCCUGCCAACUAUGCGAUGAAAAAUUCAUUCUUGAGAAUGAAUUAAAGGAACACACCAGUUUACUUCAUUUAAAGGGUCUUAAAGUGGAAAAGGAAGACGAAGAUGAAGAUGUGAAAGCACCUACUUACAUGAAUUCAGUAGACGCGGCCCUUGGCCAUCUAUUCAGGACACUUUCCGCUGGUCAGCUCGACAGAGGAACUGAAUGGUGUUUUAAUGAUCGCCAUCCUCUAAAUGACGCCACACUACCCAGUGAUGCGAAUGGACCUCCACUAGUACGGAUUCCGUGUUUCCACUGUUUUGAAUCGUUUCUGCUUCAAAGUGAACUUGUGGAGCACAUGCAAUUGUCUCACUCGGUGAAGCUUGAGUCGCCGACUCAAUCGCGAACUCAAGCCCUACGUCUGUCCGAAGUGCCAAGCGGCCUUCACCUGGCACACAGAGCUGGAACUGCACGCGCGCACCCUACAUGGCAUUUUACGUCAUUUCGUGUGUCGAGAUUGCUCCAGGAGUUUCGUCACAACGGCCAGCUUAACCGCUCAUAUCUGCAUGAAACAUCGUUUCUGAGGGCCUUUCUACUACUCACACGGAAUAAGUGCGAUUUGGCCGGUUCGCAGUAA